CCGUACACCACUUCCGGUUCCGUGUUUCUCCUGGAUGUCGCGCAGCUGUUUGUUUUUAAUGCACUUUCAAACUGUUUGUGUUUACUUUAACCUGAGAAGUCAAUGUUUGUGACGCACUGAAUACCCAAAAUGGCUUUGAGAGUACUAUCUUGGAAGACCCUUUUUAUUCUGGGACUUUGUCAAAUUGGACGCAGGGCUUUGGCCUCGGCUCCAAAUAACAAAGAGCCACCGAAGAAAAUAGCAAUAAUUGGGGGAGGCAUUGGAGGCACAGCGGCUGCUUAUUUCCUGAGGCAAGAGUUUGGUCCAGCAGUAAAGAUUGAAGUGUUCGAGGCGGGAACCGUAGGAGGUCGUCUGGCCACUGAGAACAUCGGAGGAUACGACUAUGAGACGGGAGGAUCCAUUAUUCACUCUCUCAACCUGCACAUGAAACACUUUGUGGACAAACUCGGACUGUCUCCUAAACCUGAAAUACCUUCUAAAUUGGCAAUAUUUGAUGGAAAUGAACUGACAUUCGAAGAAAGCGACUGGUACAUUGUGAAUGUCAUCCGCAUGCUGUGGAGAUACGGAUUGAACUACAUUCGUAUGCAUAUGUGGGUGGAAGGAGUCCUGGACAAGUUUAUGAGGAUAUAUCAGUACCAACAGUUCGGCUACUCCUUCUCUAGUGUGGAGAAACUUCUGCAUGCUAUGGGUGGAGAUGAUUUCCUCUCUCUGGUCAAUCAUACAUUAGAGGAGGCCAUGUUGGCUGCAGGUUUCUCGCAAGUUUUCCUCAAUGACAUCGUAACACCCAUCACGCGAGUCAACUACGGUCAGACCGUUAGACUGCAUGGAUUUGUGGGUGCUGUAGCUUUAGCAGGAGCUGGGUCAGAUUUGUGGGCAGUGGACGGAGGAAAUAAAAGAGUUUGUUCUGGGCUUCUAUACAACAGCAAAGCUGAACUCAUCCCGGCUCGUGUGACCUCCAUCACUAUGAAGAUGAGACCGUCCAAAACUGGUCCAGCUGGAAAUUUCUAUGAAGUGAAUUACGUUGGUGAGUCUGGUGCCGCCCAUGGCAUGUACGACAUAGUUAUAGUAGCCACGCCUCUCCAUCAGGGCUUAUCGGAGAUCAACUUUUCGGGCUUUUCCCCUCCUAUUCCAUCUCAUUUCCCUGGCCAGUACCACCAAACGGUAGCCACGCUGGUCCACGGCCUGCUCAAUGUGUCUUAUCUGGGUGUCACAGAAAAGCCUGAAGAGUUUUUCUUUUCUGACGUGUUCACAACGGAUAACAAAGCCGUCGUCAUCCAAAGCUUGAGCUCUUUAGUCCCGGUCCACAUUCCCAAAGACUACUCCCGUACUCCGGCCAGCCAAAGCCAAGUGUGGAAGAUCUUUUCUUCUGAAUCAUUGCCUCAGGAGGAACUGAAGAAAAUCUUUGUCUCUUGGGACUCUGUGUCGGAGACGCCCUGGCUCGCGUAUCCCUCCUACAGCGCGCCGCACCGCGGCACACCUCCGUUCAUCUUGCACGACCGCCUCUACUAUCUCAAUGCCAUAGAGUGGGCAGCUAGCGCCAUGGAGAUGAGCGCCAUCUCCGCCCGUAAUCUGGUACUGCUCGCACACCACCGCUGGUACCAACAGACAGACAAAAUCGACCAGGAGGAUCUGCACACCAAAAUUAGAGGUGAACUGUAACAGUAAAGCGGUGCAGUUUAUAUAAAAUGAUUUAUAAGCAAGACAAUCUGUAAUAGAGGCUAUAAAGUGAUUUAUUCAUUAGAAUUGCUGAACUAAUUUAUACUGAAAUACUGAUGAAAAGUUUUGACACAAAAAAUCUACAUUCUUUUUAUAAUUUAUUUUGAUUCCCUCUAUGAUCCUCUGCAAAUAUAAUCUGUGACAUGCUUGAAAUAAAUUAAAUCUUCUGAAUUAUGACUUGGAUGUUUAAAGAUUUUUAUGCCACUCAUUUAUGAUUAAAGUAUACAGGCUUCCCUAUUCAAAGCUAUUAAAAUGAUAGUCCACUGAAAAAAAUGAAAAUUCUGAAAAAAAAUAAAUUCAUUUAUUCAACCUCAAGUUGUUCCAAAUAUGUAUACAUUUCUUUGUUCUGCUGAAAACACAUAUGAUGAUGAUAAAGAACAAAGCAGAUCUGGGGCACCAUUGACUUCCAGUUUAAAAAAACAACAACACACUGGAAGUACAUAGUGCCCCAGAUUUGUUUGGAUAUUAACAUUUUAUCCUUUGUGCUCAAUAGAGCAAAUAAAUGUAUACAGGUUUGGGUAACAACUUAAGGGGGACUAAAUGAUGACAAUGUUCUUUUUAUGUCACUUUAGAAAAAUUAUUUUUUUACUUUAUAUGCUGGUAUGUUGUGCAAGACAAAAGCCAGAAAUCAACACUGUUAUGUGAUAGAUUGUAAUAUUUUCUUUAUGCUUUAAAACUGCUUGACUAAAACUGUAACUACACCCUUGCCUCUUUUAUGCAGAUCUAUGAAUAUGUAAAUUAGUCCCCCAUUUUGCACCACCUUGGACCAUAUACAUGUGUAAAUAGAUGCUACAUUUAGCAGUUUCAGACGCAUACUAAGCCAGAUACAUGUUUGUGACAUUGGAAACAUCUUUCUGAUUUGCAUAAUAUACUGUUAAUGUUUCUCGGUGCCUUAAAGUGUCCAUGUCAAAAUCUUUAAAAUUGCAUUAAAAUUAAAUUACAGGUAAAACCUAAUAAUGGUUAGACUAUUCACUCCCAGCAUUUGAUAUCAAAACAGUUAAGAAAAUAUUACAGAUUUGUCACUUUGUGAUCUACGUUUGCUGUAUAAUUGUUGCCUGGAUGGUGAAUGCACUGAUUUUUACCGUUUUAAGUGUUUUACAUACUUAACAAGAACAGUAUUUUAACAGUAAAUUGGUGUUGAUGUUUGUUAAUGUUUUGUAAAUAACAAAUGGAUAAUUUUUAUAAUCUGUUGUCAAAUGCAGAAUAUUAACAGGGUAUGUUUUGCUUAAGAAUUUGCAAAUGUUAUGUUGAAGGAAGUCAUUAGGAGUCAUAUUAAAACAGAUAAAACUGCAAUAAAUGUUCAGAUUGUCAUUUAAAUAAGUAAAACAAGUAAAUUGUGUGUAUGUUUUGUUCAAACAAUAUUUGUGAUAUCUUUGGUAAAGUGUUUUGACUUUUCAAUUUUAUAGUGCUGUACAGUAUGAUUGUAUGUAGGGCUGUACAGUAUAUUGAAAUUUUAAGCAUAUAAGCUGAAUAACUUUAAUACUUCAAUAAUAUAGUCAGAUACUGUUGCUUUUUCUGUGGGAUUUUUUUUAAGUAAGUUCAAAUAUAUUUUACAAUAUUUUUUAUAUAUUUCUUAAUCAUAAUCGUACUGCAUAUCGUAAACAGCAUCAUUUAGCAAGUUAUACAUUUUUUUUUAAUAUGGUGCAGCCUUAAUUGUAUGACAGGAAAAAAAGUUUAAAUUUGGCUUGAUUUUCUAAUAAUGUUUCACCUAAGUUUAAACACUAUCAAGCUAAUAUUAUCUCUUUAAUGGCAUUAAUUUCAUUUACAAAUGUUGAAAAGUACACACUGUAUUUUGAAAAAAAAAACAA